UCAUAUAUGGCUUAUUAAACGGAUCAUGCACUUUUGCUCCUGCGAGUAGAACGUAGGGGCAGUAGGGUGUUUAUAAUGAAGUAAGGCAUCUUCUGUUUUUAAGGUAUGGGCACUUUUGCAGACAUUUGAAACACGGAGCAACUUUGCAAUAAACUGAAUUUUCAGGAUCGUGUCUCCAUUGUUACAGACUACAAACAAACCCUGGGUGUAGUCUGGUCUUACACUCCUUGCCUCUGUAGGUUAUCAAGGUGGGAGUGGAGUGAUGAGUACAGGAUCGGACUACGAGGGGCUUGUUCCUAUUCUAUAAACAUGGAAUCGCACAGGUUGGCAUCGGAGUUGUAGACAAAAAAAAGCUAAUUUUUAAUUGAGCGUGCAGAGUUUUGUUUUUAUAUGCAUUGAGACUAUAAAAUAAAUGCCAGCAAAGGUGACGAUGGCCUUUACUAUUCCUGCACCAGACUGUACUGGUAAAUCCGGUAAUUGGGGUAAUGAGGUUGCUAAAUACGCCCUUGUGAAUAAUCUUCGUGGGUGCACAGUUUAUAAAGGAGUUGCUAGAAUUUGGAAGGGCAGGCAUGGAGGUUCUUGCUCUCGGAGUAUUUCCUUUACAUUUCAGGAGGAGUUAGGUUUUAAUAAGAGAGGGAGCCGCCCAUGAACCGAAAGAUGCCAGAACCGUCCCCUGAAAAUAUUGAGCUGCCAAAUUUAUGUCAUGGGUUCAGCAUGUUCCUCUUCCCCAGCUAUAAAUGCCAGAUUGGCAGGAGAACAGAUGCGGAGAGGAUGGUGUGGGUUUCAUAUGUAGCUGUACUGCAAAUAUUUGUCUUAAAUCUAGAAGAUGCAGGUAAAUUAUUCACCUUCUGUUGUGGGUGUUCAGAAAGAGUCUGUGCGGCUGAAUGGCCUCCCCUCCCCCCACAUCCAGACAUUUAUGUUUAGAAAGCGUAGGUGGACAGGAGCCAGAAUCUACACCUACAUAUGUUUUUGUGUUAGGAACAGUAGCCGGCAGGUGAAGUCUAGAGCAUUUCCAUUCUAUGUACCUCGGCCAUCCUAAAAACACAUGGCGGCUUUCUUCUGUAAAGUGCGCCACACCUGUCUCCAGGUUCUGUGUGGUUCUGCGGCUCAGUCCGAUCCACACCUGUCUCCUGGUUCUGUGUGGUACUGCGGCUCAGUCCGAUCCACACCUGUCUCCAGGUUCUGCGGCUCAGUCCGAUCUACACCUGCCUCCAGGUUCUGUGUGGUUCUGCGGCUCAGUCUGAUCUACACCUGCCUCCAGGUUCUGUGUGGUUCUGCGGCUCAGUCCGAUCCACACCUGUCUCCAGGUUCUGUGUGGUUCUGCGGCUCAGUCCGAUCCACACCUGUCUCCUGGUUCUGUGUGGUUCUGCGGCUCAGUCCGAUCUACACCUGCCUCCAGGUUCUGUGUGGUUCUGCGGCUCAGUCUGAUCUACACCUGCCUCCAGGUUCUGUGUGGUUCUGCGGCUCAGUCCGAUCUACACCUGCCUCCAGGUUCUGUGUGGUUCUGCGGCUCAGUCUGAUCUACACCUGCCUCCAGGUUCUGUGUGGUUCUGUGGCUCAGUCUGAUCUACACCUGCCUCCAGGUUCUGUGUGGUUCUGCGGCUCAGUCCGAUCCACACCUGCCUCCAGGUUCUGUGUGGUUCUGCGGCUCAGUCCGAUCCACACCUGCCUCCAGGUUCUGUGUGGUUCUGCGGCUCAGUCCGAUCCACACCUGCCUCCAGGUUCUGUGUGGUUCUGCGGCUCAGUCCGAUCCACACCUGCCUCCAGGUUCUGUGUGGUUCUGCGGCUCAGUCUGAUCUACACCUGCCUCCAGGUUCUGUGUGGUUCUGCGGCUCAGUCCGAUCCACACCUGCCUCCAGGUUCUGUGUGGUUCUGCGGCUCAGUCCGAUCCACACCUGCCUCCAGGUUCUGUUUGGUUCUGCAGCUCAGUCCGUUUCACUCCACUGGAGCUGAGCAGCAGAAAAAUCACAUGGACACGUGUAGAGCAGUGUGUGGAAGAAAGCCAUAUUUUUCUAAUCCUGUGCGACCUCUUUAAUCUUUCGU